AUGGUGGACCUGCCAGAAAGCCCAGGUGUGCCGCCAGCCUCCUGCCCCAACCCACUGGGUCCUGUCCUGGGGCCUGUCUCAGACCUGAGCAGUCCACUCGGUCUCUACAUCGAUGAACUCGACACGCUCCUGAGCUCCCUCCCAGACACCCCGCUGAUCCUACUGGGUGACUUCAAAGACUUUAAGGUCCACUUUGAGAAGAAGCUGUCCAGCAUCCGGGACUCCUUCACUCCUCCAUAUACAACCUCAUCCACCGGAAAGGCAUCCAGUCACCACCUGUCCGCCUUCUCUACACUCAGCGACACAGAGUUUCUUCAAUCCAGGUUCAGACAUGGGCACUCGACUGAAACGGCACUCCUGGCGGUGACAGAGGCCCUCCACACAACUAGAGCCUCCGACCUGUCCUCGGUCCUAAUCCUCCUCGACCUCUCCGCUGCGUGUGAUACAGUCAACCACCAGCUGCUCAUCGCCAAGCUCUCAGAGAUUGGCAUCUCUGGGACUGCCCUUUCUUGGUUCAGGUCCUACCUGACCGGUAGAUCUUCCCGGGUCAGCGAAAAGAUCACUGCAUGCCUGGCCGACAUCUCCAGAUGGAUGGCCUCCAACCACCUCAAGCUUAACCUGGACAAGACUGAUCUGCUGUUCAUCCCAGCCAGGACCUCUCCUCUCCAAGAACUCUCAAUUACUGUCGACGGCACCACAGUAACUUCCUCCACUUCUGUGAAGAGUCUGGGUGUCACCCUCGACAACAGGCUGGACUUCACCGACUACAUCUCACAGACAACACGCUCCUCUCGAUUCCUCCUCUUCAACAUCAGGAGGAUCCGCCCUUUUUUGACCACCUACUCCACCCAGCUGCUUGUCCAGGCCACCGUGCUCUCCUGCUUGGACUACUGCAACACCCUCCUCGCAGGCCUCCCAGCCUGCACCAUUCAGCUGCUGCAGCUCAUCCAACACACAGCUGCUAGGCUGAUCUACAACCUCCCAAAGUUCUCCCGCGUCACCCCCUUGCUGAGAUCGCUCCACUGGCUCCCGAUCACAGCCAGGAUCCGCUUUAAAACCUUGACUCUCACCUUUUCUGCUGCAAAAAAGACCUACCUCCAGGACCUCAUCCAAACUUACGCACCCGCUCGACAACUUCGCUCUGCUACAUCUGGAGGCCUUGCUCCUCCCACCAUCAGAACGAAAGGCCCACGCUCCUCACGUCAUUUUUCCGUCAUCGCCCCCCAAUGGUGGAAUGAACUCCCCCCCUGA